AUGAAACAGUGUAUAGCGGUGAAGAUUGGAUGUUUGUUUCCUUUUGCGAUGUAUGCUAGACGCUGUGCAAUGAUACUGAAUGUGAUGCAUGUGCUCUUGCAGAUGGGAUAUGGAGUAUUUUGUAGAAUGGGAGUUGUUAUAAAGUCUGUGAGCAGUAACAAGUACCUGAGCCCCUUAACAUUAGAGUUGGAGGAUGAUGGCAUAGAUGCGGUGCUGGGGGAGUAUGCAUUUGAGUACAAAUGGAACAAUAGCACACAUAGAUUUGAUCUUGGCACGGAUGAUGGUGAUAUUGGAGUUGAUUUAAGCAGCGGAAGGUUGGUGCAUGGUGGCACAGAAUCAGCUUCUGGCAUGCCUGAAGACCAUGGGUUUUACUUUAUGAAUCCUCCAAGAUGCAGAAAUAUGAUUGGGUACAGCUCGUUAUGUAUGCAGGAGGUAAACGGCGAAUUAAGGUUUUCCAAGUGUCACCUGCCUGGAAAUGAGCCAGCUAGCUUCCAGUUCAUUAUCAAGACGAUUAAGAACUUUAAAGGUCGCACUGAUACAGCAUAUGCGCCAGAUCAAACAAGCACGCAGGACGUAGAAGCAAGGCCAGCUGUUGUGAAUGCAAGCAAUAGAGAUGUUGAUAAAGAAAUCAUUAUGGAUAGUGGCAUGCAAAAUGAUGUGGAUGUGGACUUGGACGACAGCGGAGAAGUAGAUAGCAUGCUAGACUAUCAGGUUGAUGGCAGCGUACACAUGGAUGAUACAAAUGAAAAUACCCAAGGGAAAUGUAGCAAUCAGCAUGUGUUUCUAACAAGUGUUUCUGAAGAGUUGAAGCGACGGAGGGCCAGGCAAUCUCAAAAUAGUGUAUUAAAUCAGGAGGUAGUGUAG